GGUUGUGCAAGAACUAUGUAACUGCAUUGCAAUGUGCAAACAAAGUGCAUAGAAAAAGGGACAGAAAGACACAGAAGUAAAAGAAACCUCGUCAUCUGCCCAGAAGAGACUCCAAUGUGUUGACCUGCUACUGAGACCGAUGAGUCCAUAGCCAUGGAGAUGCUGGGCUCCCUAUGCGUCCUCGUAGUUCUGUUUUCAGUGCAUGCAAGACACUCUCACAAAGGUCCACAUGAACUCUUCUGCACAAAUGACUUUGUCAACAAUGUCAGGUGUACAUGGAACAGAUCUUCUGUGGGUCCUGAUGGGGACUGUUGGAUUUCUGGUGUAAAGACAGGCUGGAAGCCGAAGAACAAGAGACAACCUGAACUAAUUAUUGGAAAGUGCCAGCUGAAACAGCACAGAAACUCUCUACCUGGCUGCAAUUUUGUGUUUGAAAAUAGAGAAUUCUACCUUUUUGAAGUAAUGCCAAAUAUCAGUGUGAAGUGCAAUGACACGUUGGUGGAGAACCUGGAGAACUAUAUGCCACGCAAUCACAUUAAAAUGCAUCCUCCAGGUGUUCUCAAUGUCAGCAGCAAUGGCAGUGACAACCUGAUAUCGUGGAGACUAGGUCGCCCUGUCUCUAGGUUUUUCACAUCCUUUGAUUUCCAAGUUCAGAUCAAACAGAAUUACCAGUCUUGGAGGGAAGCCAGGAAUUUGUCCACACAGGAACAAGAGCUAAGAAUACCUGCCUGGCAGCUAAUAGGGCACUGGCAAGUCAGGGCGAGGGUCAAGCCCACUAACAGAAACAACAGUCACUGGAGCAACUGGAGUCCUACGACACCCUGGGUGGGGGAGACAGGCAUGGUGGAUACAUCAGAUAAUCAAGAAUGUUGGCUGGAUCAGACGUCACUGAUAAUAUGUGGACUGAUGUUCACCUUGUGUCUCAUCAUUGUUGCAAUGCUGGCUGUUAACAGGAGCUGCAAAACCAGGGGGCUUCUCAAAAGGAUGCCAGUACCAAACCCUUCAAAGUACUUCUGCACUCUCCAUUCUGUCCAAGAAGGAAAUCUAAAAAAAUGGCUGAAUCCUCUGUCAGUUUCUGAACCAUUCUUCACAGCUGAGCCAUGUGACCACAUUUCAUCCGUAGAGGUGUGUGAGGACUGGGAUGUCCCUUCAGCCUCUCCCUCUUCUGGCUUCAUCAGCAGCCUGGUUUACUUCCAGAGCUACCCUUCUGCUAACACAGACACCAUGGGGGUUAUUGACAAUUCCUCCUCUUCAUCUAGUUUCUCCAACAUGGGCUAUUUCAUGUCUAGCUCUUCCAGUUUAUUAGCUCGAGCUGACCCCAAGCCACCCUAUCAGGAUGAUUUCCACAAUCCAAACAACAGCAACAACCUUAAGCCUAAGCUUUCUCCCUGCCCUUCACACACCACUUGUCCAGCCUAUGAAAGUUUGAAGAGCGAGCCUCAAAGCCCAGACUCUAGUUUUGGCAACAGAAAAAAAGAUGAAAAGGAAGAUGAAAGGGACAUGGGCAUAGAUGGGGAGCAGGUUUUGGAUGAUCACAACUCUCAUUUUCUCAUCCUCCCUCUACAUCUUCCUUCCCAGAUCUGCCCUCCGCCCUUUUCUCCCAUACUUUCUCAUCCAGCCAGUGUAGUACAGAUAUCCCAUGACAGCCAACAAGUGGAUGCAUCUGUGACAGCUGCUGGUGUUACCUCUGCACAGCUUAUGGCUGGCGCAAUUUGCAGGUCUUCUUCCAUGCCUGUCGAGCCCUCUAAAAAUGGUUAUCUGACACUCAAAGAGCUCCAGACAACAUUCAGCAAUAAAUCCAUCUAAUUUUUUAAAAUUAGAAUCUAUCAGUGUUCAUUUUAAAUUCAACAUCUGUCUACAUCAAAAGCAACCUGAUUAAUGAAUUAUAAUUGAAUUGUAGAUGUAAGCAUCUCAAACUGAAAAUAUUACACUUGUGCAGUUACAACAAAAAAUAAUGCUUAAUAGAUUAUUUUUGUGCAUGCUUUAAACAGGAAUUUACACAUUUUUGGCCACUUAGGGGUAGCAGAACUGAAAACACAAAUGACACAAUGUCUUAAAAAGCUUUUAUGGCAAACCUGUCAACAAACAGUAAUGUUGAUGAAAACAAGUCUAACGUUGACUCUUCUCUUUGUUAUAUUAUUUCCAUACACCAACAUCAAAGAAAAAUAUGUGGCUGUAUAGUUACUAUAUGCUUCAAUAUGGCCACAAGCUAGUCAAUAACUUUCUCAUUUGCUGUUGGAAAUGAAGCUUUUAUUGAACUGGUUUGACCUUUUCAAGUUGUGAGAUAAUUCUGUGCCAUUCAGUUCUCUCAACAAAAGAUCCUUUUGAUUUUACACAUGCUAGUAGUUAUUUGAACAAUGAUUAGCACAAAAAGUUUGACCAGAGCAGCUUUGAAGUUAACUAUUAAAAUGUUAUGCCAUUCAAAUCAAGUGGCCUGUAAGAAAGAGCUAAAUAGAAAACAAUCCAUCGAAAGCAAAGAUAAAUAUAACCAAUGCAGGUGUCGAUGACAUUCUAGUGCUAUCUUGUCUUGUGUUGUGAUUGUUGUUGUAAUCAUUCAAAUCACAGUCUAAUUAAAUUCAUGAGGAGAUUAUUCUGAAAAAAUAUACAUGUUCCCACAGCAUGUGUAAAAGAAUAACCUGGUCUUUCAUAUAGUGUUAAAGGGCUGGGUCAGUAAAUAGAAGGUGAAGAAUCACCCAGUUCUAUAACAAAGUAAUAGCAACAAAACUUUCAAUAAAGGGUAUGCAACUGUCCUCCAGGAACAAUUCAUGAAACAACUGCACUUUAAUAUAUGUUUAUAUAUUAAAGUGUUUGGAAAUUUUAUACACUAAAACAUUGGAUUAGCUAACUAUUUUUAAUCUACACUGAUCUACUGUCAAGAGAAAUGUAGCUGGUUUAUGUUACUGCUUUGUCUGCCAGUUACUUUUUUGGUAGUAUCUGUUUCUUUUGUGCCACUUCUGUUCUUUGCACUUCUGUCUAUUGUACUGACAGUACAAAUGUACUUUUGUGCUUAAAAGGAUAGCAGAUUAAUUUCUUAGACUGCUUAAUUUAGACUCGUGCAUUGUAAAUCAGUGAAUUCAGUGAUACAUGUUGCCACUUUUAUCUCCAUACAUGCAGUAUAUUCCAUUUUGCACAAAGUAACAUCUGUGCAAGGACCAAACAAAAUAAAAGCUCAGCAAGAAAUGGGUCACCUUUUGACUUCCUGUGUCACUGCAGAUUGGAGACUAAGAGGUAGGCCUCUACUGU